AUGGCGGCAGGAGGGCAACCUUGCAGCUUCUCCGUGGCCCACCCCAGUGGCUGCAGCUUCAGAAUGUGGCAGCUUACAAGCCUCUUACUGUUCAUGACCGUCUGGGGAAUUUCCAGCACACCAGCUCCUCCCGACUCAGUGUUCUCCAGCAGCCAGCGUGCCCACCAAGUGCUGCGGAUCCGCAAACGUGCCAACUCCUUCCUGGAGGAGCUGCGGCCCGGCAGCGUGGAGCGUGAGUGCUCAGAGGAGGUCUGUGAUUUCGAGGAAGCUCGGGAGAUUUUCCAAAACAAGGAAGACACAGUGGCCUUCUGGUCCAAGUAUAGCGACGGGGACCAGUGCGAGCACCGGCCCUCAGGGAGCCCGUGCGAACUCCCUUGCUGCGGACGCGGCAAGUGCAUCGAUGGCCUGGGUGGAUUCCGCUGCGACUGCGCGGAGGGCUGGGAGGGCCGCUUCUGCCUGCACGAGGUGCGCUUCUCCAACUGCUCGGCGGACAACGGCGGCUGCGCGCACUACUGCAGGGAGGAGGAGGGCCGGCGCCACUGCAGCUGCGCGCCCGGCUACCGGCUGGAGGACGACCACCAGCUCUGCGAGGCCAAGGUGACGUUCCCUUGUGGGAGGCUAGGGAAGCGAAUGGAGAAGAAACGCAAGACCUUGAAACGUGACACAAACCAAGUAGAGCAAAAAGACCAGCUGGACCCACGGAUUGUCAACGGGCAGGAGGCUGGAUGGGGGGAGAGCCCCUGGCAGGCAGUGCUGCUGGACUCCAAGAAGAAGCUGGUCUGUGGGGCAGUGCUAAUCCACAUCUCCUGGGUGCUAACAGUGGCCCACUGCUUGGAGAACCGCAAGAAGCUCAUCGUCAGGCUCGGGGAGUAUGACAUGCGGCGCUGGGAGAGCUGGGAGGUGGACCUGGACAUCAAGGAGGUCAUCAUCCACCCUAACUAUACGAAGAGCACGAGUGACAAUGACAUCGCCCUGUUGCGCCUGGCCCAGCCUGCCACUCUUUCGCAGACCAUUGUGCCCAUCUGCCUCCCAGAUAGUGGCCUCUCUGAGCGCAAGCUCACCCAGGUCGGCCAGGAGACUGUGGUGACAGGCUGGGGCUACCGUGAUGAGGUCAAGAAAAACCGCACCUCCGUCCUCAACUUCAUCAAGGUCCCCGUGGUCCCAUACAAUGCAUGCGUCCACGCCAUGGAAAACAAGAUCUCUGAGAACAUGCUAUGUGCCGGUAUCCUCGGGGACUCGAGGGAUGCCUGUGAUGGUGACAGUGGGGGGCCUAUGGUCGCCUUCUUCCGUGGCACCUGGUUCCUGGUGGGCCUGGUGAGCUGGGGCGAGGGCUGUGGGCGCCUCUACAACUACGGCGUUUACACCAAAGUCAGCCGUUACCUUGAUUGGAUCUAUGGCCACAUCAAAGCAGAGGAGGCCCCUCUUGAGAGCCAGGUGCCUUAG